AUGGACGCUUCCGCGUCGUGGUUUCCGCUUGUGGCUCUGGCGCUGAUGUCUAUGCCCAAGCUUGGCAAGUUGGACAGAAAGAAAAGGGUCAGAAAGGUUGCUGUCAAGCAGAAAUCCAUCUCUCGCUCUCGGGUGCCAGUGCUGGGCCAUGCUGAUGCUAGUGGGCAACAGCUAGAUUGCCAACCCAGCAGACCAACCCAUGCCAUCAAUGGAGACUCUGUCUACGUUAGCAGCUUCACCUCUGGGUUGAACCAGCGGUUCUACUUGGCAUGCCACCGGAAGGUUGCAGAUUUCUUUCGAUGGUCCCCGAUACCAAGGAGCCUGGAGAGCUUUGAGUGCCGUGUUGUCGGAUAUUACACCACCUUAAUCGAUGAGUUUUUGAAGACAGAUUCGGAGAUUAAUGGAGGUGAAGCUGCGAGAUUGUGGCCCACUUUCUUAUUGCUCAGCUACCCAUUGUUCCAGACUCUGACUCUGAGUCGCAUGCUGCUUUCGUUGGCUCUCCGGGGCGUGAGGAACCAGAUGAUGAGAACAAGUGAUGAUUUUCCUCAUCACGACUUCUGUGAAGUGUUCGCUGGAUGUGGGAAUCUCACACGAGAGUGUCUUCGACUUGGUCUUUCUGGCUGUGCUUUUGACUGGGUGUUUGAGCCGGAAGAGCACAACUUGUGUGGCAAGGGCAUUCGCCUGGUCCUGGACUGCAUUGCUUCAAUUCGUCAAAGCGGCCUGCUGUGGAUCGCUUGUGAGUGCCGCAGCUUUACAGUGCUUUGCAGGGCACAGAGCGCAAGGUCCCAGAUAAACAACUUUAUGGGGGACGACAGUCGUGGCUUUGUCCAGGUAGGGAACAUCCUUCAGGCAGUCUCCAGCUUAUUUUACUUCAUUGGAUGGCUCUUGCAAAUUCAUGUGGUGCUGGAGCAGCCACAGAGCUCGUGCUUACAAUUCUGCAGGCCUGUCCUUGGAGUUUUCCACUACACAGGAACAAUGUCAUUUAGGACGUACCUAGGAAGUUUUGGAGGUGAGACUGUCAAGCCCCUGUCACUCUUCACAACUUGGAGGCAAAUUGAAGAACUACAGUGCGAGAAGCCCCGAUGUGAUUCCACUUUGACGACACGCGACGACAGUGGUGCCUUCACAGGGCACAAAGAUGAGCUCUACAAGUCUCAGCAGUACACGGUUGCCUUUGGCCGACGAGUAGGGCAACUGCUGCAAGCUGAGCUGUUUCAAAACUAAUUAACUUUAAGUCUUAGCAGAGUGUUUGUCAGUGAGUGCUCAGCCAUGACAUGGCCA